UGCCCCACGGGCUUCCGCAAGACCAGCAGCCAUGCCUGCGCCCAGAGUCUUGACAAGUUCCUGCUUUUUGCCCGAAGGAUGGACAUCCGUCGGAUCAGCUUUGACACAGAUGACCUGUCAGAUGAUGUCAUCCCACUUGCUGAUGUUCGCAGCGCUGUGGCUCUAGACUGGGACUCAAAGGAUGACUACGUCUACUGGACAGAUGUUAGCACCGACUCAAUCAGCCGAGCAAAAUGGGAUGGAUCAAGCCAGGAGGUUGUAGUGGACACAAGCAUGGAAAGUCCAGCUGGACUGGCAAUUGACUGGGUCACCAACAAGCUGUACUGGACUGAUGCAGGAACAGAUCGGAUAGAGGUCUCGAACACAGAUGGGACCAUGAGAACUGUUCUAAUCUGGGAGAACCUGGACAGACCUAGAGAUAUUGUCGUGGACCCUGUUGGAGGGUUUAUGUACUGGACUGACUGGGGAGCCAGCCCAAAAAUUGAGCGUGCUGGUAUGGAUGCCUCAAACCGCUUGGUGAUCAUUUCCUCCAACCUGACAUGGCCUAAUGGCUUGGCCAUUGACUACGAGUCGCAGCGCUUGUACUGGGCAGAUGCAGGCAUGAAGACGAUUGAGUAUGCCAAUCUGGAUGGAAGCAACAGGAAGGUGCUGAUUGGGAGCAAUCUGCCUCACCCCUUUGGACUUACUCUUUAUGGCGAGAGAAUCUACUGGACAGACUGGCAGGCCAAAAGCAUCCAGAGCGCAGAUAGAAGGACUGGGCAGGCUCGGGAAACGCUGCAGGACAAUCUGGAGAAUCUUAUGGAUAUUCAUGUUUUCCACCGGCACAGGCCACCAGUACAUACAGCAUGUGAAGUCAGCAAUGGAGACUGCAGUCACCUGUGCCUUUUGGCACCUCUUCCAAAAGGUUACAGCUGUACCUGCCCUACUGGGAUCAACCUGCAAUCUGAUGGCAAGACCUGCUCCCCUGGAAUGACAAGCUUUCUGAUCUUCGCCAGAAGAACUGACAUCCGGAUGGUCUCUCUGGAUAUUCCCUACUUUGCAGAUGUUGUUGUCUCUGUCAAUGUCACCAUGAAGAACACCAUUGCAAUUGGAGUGGAUCCUCAUGAAGGAAAGGUUUACUGGUCAGACAGCACACUGCGGAAAAUCAGCCGGGCUGCCCUUGAUGGAUCACAAUUUGAGGACAUCAUCACUACAGGUCUAUUGACUACAGAUGGGCUGGCUGUGGAUGCUAUUGGCAGGAAGAUAUAUUGGACAGAUACAGGAACAAACCGUAUUGAAGUUGGUAACCUUGAUGGCUCCAUGAGGAAAGUCUUGGUCUGGCAGAACCUGGACAGCCCUCGGGCAAUAGCUUUAUACCAUGAGAUGGGGUAUAUGUACUGGACGGACUGGGGUGAGAAUGCCAAGCUGGAACGCUCUGGGAUGGAUGGCUCUGGACGUGCAGUGUUGAUCAGCAAUAACCUGGGCUGGCCUAACGGUCUGGCAGUGGAUAAGGCUGGAUCCCAGCUGCUCUGGGCUGAUGCACACACUGAGCGGAUUGAGGCUGCAGAUCUCAAUGGUGCUAACCGCCGCACGCUGCUGUCUCCAGUGCAACACCCAUAUGGCCUCACUUUGCUGGACUCUUACAUCUACUGGACUGACUGGCAAACUCGCAGCAUUCACAGGGCUGACAAGGACACUGGUGCCAAUGUCAUCUUGGUGAGGGCAAACUUGCCUGGCCUCAUGGACAUUCAGGCUGUUGACAGGGCACGGCCCCUGGGCUUCAAUAAAUGUGGAAUUCGAAAUGGUGGCUGCUCCCACCUUUGCUUGCCUCACCCCACUGGCUUCUCUUGUGCCUGCCCCACUGGCAUCCAGCUGAAGAGAGAUGAGCAGACGUGUGACUCUUCUCCAGAGACCUACCUGCUUUUCUCUAGCCGUGCUUCCAUUCGUCGUAUCUCGUUGGACACCAGUGACCACACAGAUGUGCACAUACCUGUCCCUGAGCUGAACAAUGUCAUUUCUCUAGACUAUGAUAGUGUGGAUGGCAAGAUUUACUACACAGAUGUAUUUCUUGAUGUCAUCAGGCGAUCUGAUCUGAAUGGCAGCAACAUGGAAACUGUUAUUGGUCAGGGUCUGAAGACUACGGAUGGCCUGGCAGUGGACUGGGUUGCCAGGAACCUCUACUGGACAGACACAGGACGCAAUACCAUAGAAGUAGCUAGACUGGAUGGAAGCUCUAGGAAAGUGCUGAUCAAUAACAGCCUGGAUGAGCCCCGAGCCAUUGCUGUCUUUCCCAAGAAAGGGUACCUCUUCUGGACAGAUUGGGGUCAUAUUGCUAAAAUUGAACGAGCAAACUUGGAUGGCUCUGAACGUAAAAUCCUUAUUAACACUGACCUAGGAUGGCCCAAUGGAUUGACUUUGGAUUAUGACACUAGGAGGAUUUAUUGGGUGGAUGCGCAUCUUGAUCGCAUAGAGAGUUGUGAUCUCAAUGGGAAGCUACGGCAAGUGUUGGUCAGCCAGGUGUCACAUCCCUUUGCACUGACACAGCAAGAUAGGUGGAUAUACUGGACUGACUGGCAAACCAAAUCUAUCCAGAGAGUGGACAAAUACUCUGGGAGGAACAAAGAGACAGUCCUAGCCAAUGUCGAGGGACUGAUGGAUAUCAUUGUGGUUUCCCCUCAGAGACAGACAGGUACUAAUGCUUGUGGAGUGAACAAUGGAGGCUGCACUCACCUCUGCUUUGCCAGGGCUUCUGACUUCAUCUGCGCGUGUCCGGAUGAACCAGAUGGGCGGCCCUGCUCUACUGUUCCUGGUGUAGUGCCCCCUGGUCCUGAACCCACCAGUGUAAGUGAGAGAAGUCAGACACCACCUGGCAGAGUAGGUACCUCAACAACCAAACCUCUCACAUCUCUGGAAGCAGUGGAAGGAAACUGCUCUGACAAAGAUGCUAGGCAAGGCUUGUGUACCCAUCCCAAUGAGGCAGUGUUGGCAACCAUGGGAGAAGGACUGCAUGUCAGCUACAUUAUUGGAGGUCUUCUCAGCACCUUGUUUAUUUUGCUGCUUAUUGCUGCUUUAAUUAUAUAUAGGCAUAAUAAGUCCAAGUUCACGGACCCUGGCUUGGGGAACCUAACCUACAGUAAUCCCUCAUAUCGGACAUCUACCCAGGAGGUGAAGAUUGAAGCAAUUCCCAAACCAACUAUGUAUAACCAGUUGUGCUAUAAGAAAGAGACUGGUCCUGACCACAGCUACACCAAGGAGAAGAUCAAGAUUGUGGAGGGGAUAUGCCUUUUAUCCAGUGAUGAUUCCGAGUGGGAUGACCUUAAGCAGAUUCGGAGCUCCCGAGGAGGGAUUCUCCGGGACCACGUCUGCAUGAAGACAGACACGGUCUCUAUCCAGGCGAGUUCUGGUUCACUGGAUGACACCGAAACUGAGCAGCUGCUACAGGAAGAGCAGUCUGAAUGCAGCAGUGUUAACACAGCAGCAGCUACUCCUGAACGGCGUGGCUCACUCCUAGACACAGGCUGGAAACACCAACGCAAGCCCUCCACGGAGAGCGAGGUCUAAAGUAUACACAGCUUUGGAAAUGCUCGUACCCUCCCUAGCCUCUGCUCUGCACAAAAAAAGACAGGACUCUGCCUGCCAGACAAGGAGAGGCACAGAGACCAGCCUCUCUUGCAAGGGGCCCAGAAACUGUGACUGGCCUUUCAGCAAGGAGCUUGGGCAACUGUGCUGUUGUGGUUGGAGAGGGAGGGUGGGUGGGUUGGAACCCAGAGACCCUUUUGGCUCAUUUUCACUGUCUGUGGUUUAUUUAUAUGUUCCCCUUUCCUGGAAGCUGCCACGUUAACUUUUGCAGUGACUCCUCU